UAGCAGCGAUUGCCGGCAGAAAGUAUCGAUAAGUGAUAACAACAGACGCUCAAUGUGACUGAGAUAAUAAGAAAAUGCCGAUAUCUUCCCUCGUGCAAAGAUUUUUAGAAGUAGAUUUUGCAGGUUUUCGUGAAUGAAUACGUUAUGAACAGUAGCAAUAGUAUGGAAAUUGUCUCUAAAACUAUCGAUCAAGUAUUACAGCCAGAAAAAGUGACUGAAUCACUUUUACUGAUGAAACAGAAGAUAUAUAAGACAGACAAUUUAAUAAAACUAUAUACAGAUAAAAUAAAAGAAGCUGAUCGUUUAAAAUUAGAUUUGGAGACUACAAAGAAGAAUAAUAAUCAUAUGACAGCCAAUUAUAGAUCUGUUAUAGAUAAGACAAGAGAGUUAGAACUUAAUAAUACAGAGGUUAAACAGGAAAAUAAUCAGUUACAAAAGAAGAUAAAAGAAUAUAAAUUACUUUUAGCUACAGAUGAAAAACAAGUAAAAGAAUUAACAGCUAAAAUGAAAGAAAUGGAAGACACACACUCUACUGAAAUUCUAAAGAAUGACUUGCAAAAAGCUUCCUUAGAAGAUAAAAUAAAAGAGUUGGAGCAUCAGUUAAAAAUGUCGAAGCUAGAAAACGAAAAACAAAAGACUAAUACUGUCACCACAGGAAUUAAAUCAACUGCAGACGUUGGUAUCAAUGUGUCAUUGAGUGCUGUCGAGUUAAAGAAAAAAUCUGAGGUACAAGAAAAGAACGUUAUGACCGACGAAUUUUAUCCUUUGGAUGAUGAUCCAUAUCCGAUUUUUUGUUCAAAGUGCAAUGCUUAUAUGUACCCACCACCUGUUGAACAAAUUUGUCAAAUAAUGAGUGUGUGUCCAGAUUUAAUUGAGCCAAUUUUUUCGCCAAGGGCAAUUUCUCCAUUAUCUCUGCUUCACGACAAAGAACCUGAAUAUUCAGAUAAAAAUGUCCAAUAUAAAGAAAUAAAACAUUUAAAUAAAAAUAUUCCAGAUAAAGAAUCAGAACAUUUCAAUAAAAAUGUCCCGAAUAGCAAUCCAGGACAUUCAGAUAGAAAUAUUCCAAAUAAAAGAACCGACUCUAAAGAAUUGGAACAUUUACACGGAAACGAAAUGGCAUCUACUUUUAAAGUAUCUUCGUCACAUCUGGAGACUCCAUGUUACAAUUCAGUGAAUGGCACAUAUAAUUUUAAACUUGAAUCGAAAAAUUCAUCUGCUUUGGAGCAAGACUAUGCAAAUGUACAGUUUAAGAACGAAGUUCACACAAAAUAUUGCAAACCGAUUGCAAUGAAUCUAUCCAAUGAUCAGGAUUUAAUAGCUAAACAUAAUUCGUCUAUUAACAAUAUGGAAAAAACUAUCCGAGUGAUGAAACGUAAAUUGAAGCAGUUGCAAAAGAAGAAGAAAAAGGAAAAUAAACAAAAUUGUUGUCAUCAUAAUGCUACAAGUUGUAACAAUGUUACUGCUACUACUGCUAGUUUACUAAACCCGGAUUUACUAGUCAGCGUUUGUCAGAGUAUGAUAAAGUUCUGUGCUAAUAAAAAAAAAGUACGUAAUACAAACGAAGAUGAAAAAAACAAGCGGGAAAUUAAAUCGAAAAAAUAUAAACAUAAGAUGAAAAGGAUGAAGCUAAAACGAUUAAAUAAAAUGAAAGAUAAGUCUUCAUGGAAAGUUGAGCACCUUCAUGAAAUAUUUUUACAAGAUACAGUUAACACUGAUUCUGAAAAAGAUUUAAACGUAGACAUUAAUGAGUCUGGUCUAUCAAACCAGAAUUUCUUAAACCAUUCGACGGAAGUGAAGUCUAUUGGAGAAACAGAAUAUACUGCAGAAAUGGAAUGUACUACAGAAGGAGAAUCUACAGAAAUGGAAUAUACUACAGAAACAAAGUCUGCAAACAUAGAAUGUAUUGCAGAAAGAGGAUCUGCAGAAAUGGAAUGUGCUGCAAAAACGGGAUCUGCAAAAAUGAAGUUUGCAGAAGUGGAAUAUACUGAAAAAAUAGAAUCUGCAGAAGUGAAAUAUACUGGAAAAAUAGAUUCUGCAGAAGUGGAAUAUACUGCAGAAAUGGAAUCUGCUGCAAUAACAAAGUCUAUUCCAAAAAUAAAGCCUGUUGCAGAUGUGGAGUCUGAUGCAAAAGUGACGCCUGUACAUGCAGACUCUGAUGCAAAAGCAAUGUCUGUUACAGGUGUGGAAUCUAAUGCAAAAGUGAUGCCUGUUGCAGACAUGGAGGCUCAUGUAAAAGUGACGCAUGUUGCACAUGCAGGCUCUGAUGCAAAAGCGAUGCCUCCUGUUGCAGACAUAGAAUCCAUUGUAAACAAUCCUAUGAUAUUACAUUCAGACGUUGAUGAGAUAUACGUAAGCAAUUCAUUAAGUACAGAUAAUGUAGAAUCUGUGACUCUAAAUCCACAUGAUUCGAAUCAUCAUACAGUAACCAAAACGAUGCUUUCACGAUCUCACAGUGAAAGUUCUAGUAGUUAUUCCAAUGGUAAUGUUAUUGGUAAGAUCACAAUAGGCAGCAAUUUUAAAAAUAAGAGAAAAACUGUUAAUCGUCUGUUAAAAAAAGUUAAAAAUUUGAAGAGAAAAACGCAAAUGAAUUCAGUUAUACUUCCAAAUAAGCAUUUGAAGGUUGAGCCCAGCUCCAACGAUACCUCCGAAUUUUAUAAUUCUAUGAAGAAACGACGGAUUGCGCAUACUCCAAAAGCCUCGGCUUCUCCACCUGGCACCGUUGAGAAGAAUUCCACUGACCUUACGAUAGGAAGUAUAAUUGAACCUGAAGUAUUUACAAACUUCUCAUCAAAUAUGCAAACACCGAAAGAUGAUACACCGAUUAAAACACAAAAGAAGAGAGGAAAGAACAUUAAAAACAACCUCGUCGAAUCCAUACGAGAGCAUAUACCCAAUAAGAAACUGUUGACGAAGAAAACUUUACACAUCACGAAGACUGAAGAUUCUUCUCUUCAUAACGACAAUGUUACUCUUUUUGAUAAUAAUAUCGAACAACUAUUGGCAUCAUUUAGUCAUCAUUUCAGUCCUGAUGACACUUUAGUUAGUUCUAAUACUGUCAACGGGAUUAUGUCACCGUCUAAGGAAUCCACAUCAUCAAACGCUCUCUGUAAAGAUUCGAAAGACUACGAGCUUACUGAAGAUUUACAUACAAAUACAACCGAGGUCACGGGCAAUAUAUCGCCACCCGUUAAGUUACACUCUACAGCUACAUUAAAAUCUUUUACAUAUAAGAAUUGUGACUAUAAAAGCGACAUGACGAAGGGCACAACCGACGAAGCUUCGGAGAAUCGAAGUACUGAAGGACAAUCGUCAGAUGUAGAAGUUCGAGAAGAUGAUUUAUCGGUUACGGACGAAGAGAAUUGUACGACAAGUAAAGAGCACGAUGAACAGAAUGUUGUCGGGAGCGUCGAAGCACACGAUACUAAUAACAAGUCUGUAAAGAAGAAAUAUUUACAUUCAUCCUUGUUGAAAAGGAGGAACAUCGUUAAGAGUAGCUUAGAUGAUAAUGCGAAAGAAUCUUACGACGAAAUAAAUAUGAAGAUGAGGGAGGAGUGUGUUAAUAACGAAGAAACUAGAAUAUUAGGUCUCGAUAUGAGGUCCGAGAUGAUAGAUAAGUGCAUAGAACGCAUCUAUGGUAAUAAUGACGACGAUGAGACCGACGAUAAUGAUUUUAAUUGUAAAAAAUAUAUGGAGGAGCAGGAUGAUAAUGUCAUAGAUAAUGAUGUUAAGAUGUCUUAUGAUGACGUUGGGGACAAUAAUAACAAAGAUAGUGAUAAUGACAAAGACCACGAGGAUGAUCAAGAUGAGGAUGACCAAAGUCUAACGCCAAUAAAUCAACUAAGGAGAUACGUUAACAAAAAUCUCAAGAGAAACGUAAAAAGGUUAACAUACAAAGAAAGGAAGAAAGCGAUUAAAAUUGUUACAAUUGCAGGUAAAUUUGUAAAGAAACAAUUGAUGAGGCUAAUGCAAAGUAAUUGGGAGGAUUCGAUACAUUGCGGCAUCGUCGAUAAAUUACGUAGGAUUUGUGGGCCUAAUCUCAUAGCUAAAUGUAUAGUUGAAUUCUUAUCGGAGUAUAGUGAAUAUAAUCGUGUUCUCGACAAAUCGUUCACUCCUCCAGCGCCUCUCAUGUCGAGGUACGAACAGAAAAUCAUGAUGCUCUUGAUCGACUUGGAGCGGUCGAAACCAACAGUUAUUGCUUCCGUGCGGACUGCUAUUCAGUAUAAGCUGUUUCAACUUAGCGGUAAAUUGAGGUUUUCAGAAGUCGAGUCAUUCACAAGGAUAUACGUUGUCCUGGCGCGUCUGCAGAAUGAUAGAGAAGCCGUACGCAUCAUGUGCUGCGACGCUCUUUAUUGCAUGGGCUAUCAUGCCAUCAACGUUUUGUACACGGCAUUGACGAGCUGGCCCGAAAUUUUUCCACACGCCGAUGCUCACAAAGGAUUUUUGCCAAGGUGCAUAGCUUUCCUCAUCUCGCAAUCGAGCGACAAUACUUACCAGAAGUCACAGCCAUUAAGGAUGUUAAUGUCGAAAUAUUACGGGUACACUGAACAAAUAAAAGUCGAAGAUUUCGCCGACGAGCUUAUGACUGCUUUUGCGGAUAAAAAGGAGGAUGGUUUAAACACAGCCAUUAUACUUCUCGCGAAAAGAAAUGGAUCAACCUGGACGUACGAUAAUAUUAUUAAGACCCCAUUAUUGCCAAUGAUUAUCUGCCAGAGGUAUCUCUGCAUGUAUAAUGCAUUUUCUCUGCUAGGAAAACUCAUGCGUGCGUUUCCACUAAAGAGCAAAGACACUAUUGUACAAGAUAUGAGCAAUCAACUCGCGGAUCUUCUUGCUUCUGACGAAUUUCCAGGUGACGUACAACAAGGCAUAGCGUCCGCGUUGCUCAGUCUCGCCAGACAGGAAUUUCACAAAGUUACAAUAGCUGUGAUGAAAUGGACACCGAAGAAAACUUUAAGACCGAGUAUUAUUGCGCAAAUAGAUGCACAUAUAAAGAAGCGUACUCCAAAAUUUUGGAAGAUGUAUAUACAGAAAGAAUUGUUCGAGAUAUAUCCAAAAUAAAAUAUAGUAUUCUAA